AUGCUUCCAUCAGCAGCGGAGUUGAUCGCGCGCUACCUGAGAUCGAAUGGGUUUACUGAGACAUUGAACAGCUUUGUCGCCGAAGCCGGUCUGCCUGCGGAUACUGGGGCUAAUCCAAGUGACUCCGUCACCAUUGAAUCGAUUUUGCAAGAGAAGAAGACUUUCGACACCAGCCUUAGCUUCGAAAAACUCAGCUUGAACGACAACAAUCGUGGUUGGUCAGAAAGCGCACCAUCUGUACCGAGUGUUGUUUCUUCACUCCCGAGCCGGUCUAAUAUACUCCAUGUGUGUGUUGUUGAGCUGUCACUUGGUGCAACAGUGCAUCCUCAGGUUUACAUUGCCGUCACGACGGCAGAUAGAAAGCUGUCUUUACUAAAUCCUGCAUCUUCCACAUACGAGGUCGCGCACUCGUAUUCAAACUUCACCGACUCGCCUAUAUUGGACAUGAUCGCGAUAAACAAGCAUCUAAUACUUACCGCGUCAAUGUCUGGACGACUCAGCCUGUAUGAUACCGUCAGAAACGAGGUUGUCGAUGAAAGAAAAGACCAUUCGAAAUACAUUGUCAAACUGGCCUGUCGUCGGGAUGGCGAGCGGGUUAUGGUUGCAAGUGCGGGCUGGGACUCGAAAGUCUUCUUUUACGAGAUCGUUUCUGAUGUCGAUACUGCGCGGCUUGGGAAACCGAGGGCAGAAUUGUUACUACCCACUAUCCCGGAGACACUCGCAUUCGUCACUUCAUUGGAUGACGGAACACCGAUACUCCUUGUAGCCCGUCGCGAUUCCACCUUCCUACAAUUCUAUGCUGUCCCUAGCUCAGAGUCUCCGGAGUUGACUUUUCUCGGGAAGCAAAACCUUGCACCUCAUUCCAAUGCCUGGAUUGCUUUUACCCCUUCGGAUGUACAAGUUUGUCCCACCGAUCCAUCCUUGAUUGCAGUCGCCACAUCAACGACACCCCACAUGAAGUUGCUAAUAGUGAAGCUACUUGUACCCACUAACCAGUCAUCUCUACUUGACGCCGUAUCUGCGACAGGCCCAAGUGGGACCGUCACGCAAGCCUCCCAGGCCCGGGCCGAGCUCUUGGUGCAAGACCGGGAAGAAGCUGCGAUUAUAGUGAGCGUCUCGACGCUUGCGCCACAAACCCAGUAUUCGACACCAAGGUUAGUUUGGCGGCCCGAUGGCUCUGGGGUUUACGUCAGCUCGGACGAUGGUCUGGUCCGCGGAAUUGAAGCGAACACGGGCAAACUCAUGGCAUCUUUAGAAGGGCAUGAUCUGGGUUCGAAACUUCGGUGUCUUUGGGCUGGGACCUUGGGUUCCACUCGAGAGAGCGCUUCCGGGGUCGAUGCUCAGCGCGAGUACCUUAUCAGCGGAGGCUUCGAUCAGAAGCUCAUCAUCUGGCAAGCCUAG